GUCUUAUCACAAGGAAGUCGUCAUUGUUUGUGGUGGGAAUCAUUUCAUUGUAACACCAAACAAUGGACGGACGAUCAUUCAUUCAAUCAUUCAUUCAUAUGAAACACAGAUUUGAAGCGAAAAGAGCAAAGUUGCCAACGAGGCAGGAGACAACAAUGUCCACCCACUGGUUGGCUUUGCACGGUCAUGGUCCCAGAAUGCCCUCUGCACGGCUCAUGCGUCCACCACAGGCACAUGCGACCAGAAGAACCUCGUGGGGAUGAAUCUUAGCAACUUAGAAGACAUCUUAGCGGAUGAACUUCCUAUUCCCGAAGCACCAGAUGCAAUGGAAAGAACUGCUAUCAGAUUGCGAUGUCUGGUAAAGCAGCUUGAGAGAGGGGAGGCAUCCUUGGUGGACCUGAAGAAAAACCUGGAAAACGCUGCAUCGGUCCUGGAAACCUUGUACUUCCAGGAAACCAGACGUCUGUCGGACCAAGAUGACGAGCUGAGUGAAAUUCAUUCAGAGACGGUGCCAUCAGAGGUCCGGGACUGGCUGGCGUCAACAUUUACCCGCCAGAGGCGCCAGAUGAUGCGGCGCUUUGAUGACAAACCUCGCUUCCGCAGCAUCGUCUAUGCUUUGCAGGCUGGCAUCUUUGUGGAAAGAAUGUAUAGAAGAGCCUCCAAUAUGCCGGACCUCAGCUACCCGCCAGAUGUUAUCGCUGUACUUAAGGAUGUGGACACGUGGUCCUUUGAUGUGUUUGCACUGAACCAUGCCAGUGAAGAUCAUGCUCUCAAAUUCAUCUUCUAUGAGCUUCUCACCAGAUAUGACUUGAUCAACCGCUUCAAGGUCCCUGUCUCAGCGGUGCUGUCGUUUGCUGAGUCGCUGGAGGUGGGGUACAGCAAGAACAAGAACCCGUACCACAAUUUGACUCAUGCCGCUGAUGUUACACAGACCAUCCACUAUCUAGUCCUCAAGACCGGCGUGGUGCACUGGCUAACUGAGCUGGAGAUAUUUUCUAUACUUUUUGCAGCAGCUAUCCAUGACUACGAACAUACAGGAACUACCAAUAACUUUCAUAUUCAGACCAGGUCAGACACGGCCAUGUUGUACAAUGACAGAGCUGUGCUGGAGAAUCACCACGUCAGCGCCGCCUAUCGCCUGCUGCAGGACAACGAUGACAAGAACAUCCUGGUCAAUUUUUCCAAAGAUGACUGGAGGGAAUUGCGUAAUCUGGUGGUGGAGAUGGUGUUGGCGACUGACAUGUCUUGCCAUUUCCAGCAAAUUAAAGCCAUGAAGAAUGUACUCCAGCAGUCUGAGGUAAUCGACAAACCAAAGGCUUUGUCUCUGCUGCUGCACACUGCUGAUAUCAGCCACCCUGCCAAAUGCUGGGAUCUCCACCACCGCUGGACCACAUCCCUCCUGGAGGAGUUCUUCAUUCAAGGUGACAAAGAGGCAGAGUUGGGUCUUCCUUUCUCACCUCUUUGUGACCGAAACUCUACCAUGGUGGCUCAAUCCCAGAUUGGAUUCAUUGACUUCAUUGUGGAGCCAACAUUCUCCGUACUCAGUGAUAUGAUUGAGAUGAUUGUGACGCCACUUAUUGAAGAUGGAGCUCCUGCAGGAUUGGCUGACAUCAGGCGCUCCAGCAUGGCUGGUGGUGAUGGAAAGUAUUGCGGCGUGAAGACUGUUGACUCAGAGAGCAGCUGUUGUCUAACCACUGUGGGCUUCAGGAGGUUCAAGGUCACAUGGAACCUAGAGAUCCAUCGCAACAGGGAGGCGUGGAAGACGCGAGCAGACACAGAUCCUCAAGCGGACUGUCUCCCCACACCCCAUACCUACUGCAUCAGAUACUACAGACUGCCAAGGUCAAAGGUCACAAAGACACAGCUCAUCGAUGCAAGAGCAAAAGCAAGAAGACUGCACAACAUUUCUCUGCGCUAUAGAAAGUCUUCUUAAAAGUGUGGAAUGUGUGACUUCCUUCAAAUACACGCACAUCUGAAUAUAUAUAUAUAUAAAUAUAAAAAUGUUGAUUUGGGUUGAAUGACAGCAUGAUGAGAGUGAAAUGGAAGAGCAGCUCCCACAUUCCAACGCUUGCAGCGCAACAGACACCAAUCCACAACUUCCACUACUUCCACUGUGAAAGUGUACUUUGCAGCUGUGCUUGUUGUCCAUGUUGCCAUCAUUUGUACACAAUGUCAUCUGCUGUCCAUGGGGGAGUGGUGGGAGUGGGUGGAGUGGGUGGAGUGAGUCGGCUCCUCCUCAACCACAAGCAAAUUCCACUGUGACAAUGAGCAUGCAUGGACACUUUCAUGAAUACACGAUAUAUUUCUACCAAAUGCCACUCUGCUGUAUAUUAUACCACUAUAUACAGUAUAUACUGCACAUAUACACACCACAACACACUUCUUUUACCCUUCUGUAGUACUUCGGAAAGCGAUGGCGGACAAAUGUUUGCUCCACAUGUCGUGCAACCUCGCUUUCUGUUACUCAUUCCUUCCAAAAGGUCUGACAAAAACCAAAACGUGAAAACAGAAUACGUUUGACAUUUAAUAGACAAUAAUUGUAUGUGUACAUAAUGUAAAAAGCCAAGCAUAACGUGGGCCAAAAUAGUCAAAAAUAGAAUCAUGAAAAGUCCUACGGGGCGUAUGAAAUCUGAGGUUUGACUCUACUGUCAAAUGAAAGCUGGUGCGGGGGCUAUUUUAAUAUUUUUCAUUGUGUAAAGAAGCUAAAAGCAAACCAUGUAGAUAUGAUCCAUUUCAAGCAAAAAAGACUUAUACACAUCUUACAGCUUUGUCUUCUAUGUGACAGUGUUUUAUUAUAUUAACAUUUCAUGAUAUGCCUUUUUGCUCUUUUUUUUCAAAUUUUGAUGUUUUUUUUUUUUUAGUUUUAUUGUUGAAUUGUAUUUUUACAACAUGCAGAGGGCCAAAAAACAAAAAAGAGCUGGGACCAUGACUGGCCCCCGAUCUACACUUUGGAUACCGCUGGUGUGUCGUCUUAUUUGCAGCAUCAUUUGUGCAACGCUGAUGUGCUGUAAUAUGCACCCUUGAAAAGACAGGACACGCAGGCCUGUGUGUUUGUAAAAGUAUUUGUUUAUGUCAUAGCUGUACUGUGCAAACUGUAGUGUAUGUUCCUCCUCUAGCCUCACCUCAUUCAUCCUCUCAUGAUCUCUCCCAUCCCUGAGAGAAUAUACACUCAUAUGAUAUGGUGUCCUUCCAAAAAUACACAUACUGUACACAUGCUUUAUUAUUUUCACAGGUUUUUACUAAAGCGUGUGUGUGAGGUCGUGUGAUGGUGUAUUUUUCUUACAUUUUGUGUCCAUAAUCGUAUUUUCCACUAAACUGUAUUCAGUGGGCAGGAAGUACAAAGGCUCGUAAAGGUUUUCAGCUUUUCAUGCAUUUCAUUUUUGAAAAUGUAUGACUUCAUAUUACCUCGUGCUAAUUUUGGAUUUGUUUCCAAUGCCUUUUUUUUGUGAAGCCUGAAGUGCAUUUUCUUCAUCAACGCACACACACACACACACACACACACACAAAAAUGCACCUUUCUUCUGUGUACAUCAGAAUGCUUGCACACUCAGUCAGAUAGAAGAAGAGAAAUACUUGCAAUGUGAUCUUCAUGUGACCAAAGCUGAAAUAAAUAUAACAAAUAUCCAGAAGUCUUCGAUAGCAUGCAUGACGAUACAGUAUCUACCUUGCUGCAUCAGAUACUACACAAUGACACUAUUGUACUUGUUAGUGUAUGAACGUGUGGAGAUAUGACAUCUUAAUGCUGACGUGGAUUUAUGAGCGUUGUCUUGAUCAGCAGGAUGAAAUUCAUCCAACAAAAGGUCAACAGUCUUUAUGCUUCACUGCAUCAGUGGCAAACUCACUCAUGUUGUUAACAGACAGGAAGUGGCAUUUCACAUGGCGGUAGCAGGAAACGGUGUGAAGGAAUUGACUUGACUGACUUUGUUUUGAACUUGAUAGAUUCUUUUCAGUCUUUCUAUUAACUCCCUCAUCACUUUUCCCUCCAUGAAGAGCAGCAAAAAGACUGUUGGAAGUUUCUUUAAAUCACCACAAGACGAUCAGAAGUCUAAUGUUGGGUGACCAGAUGUCCUGUUUUCUUAGGGCAUGUCCUGUUUUUAUGUCCUUUAGGUUUUUUGUUUUUUAAGAGGGUGAUGAAAAUGUCCUGUUUUUAUAGUUUCUCAUGGGUUCAUCAUGUGCUAGUGAUGUAAUCUAUGAGAGGCUGUAGUAUUGCCAAAAAGCCAAAGCAAAGGCUAAACAAAAGCAUGGAAGCAUGCAGUUCAAACCCCCUUCUUAUGACGCUAGAGGGCGCCUUUUCCCCAAAUA